UAGUUUUGUAAUUACCAAUUAAUGGUUAAAAGAAUAUUAAAAGAUAAAAUAAAAUAAUUAUUGAUUAAAUUUAAAAUCUAAAAUUAAGUGUUAAAUAUUUUAAUAGUUAUUUUACAAAAUAGUACCGAAAUUAUAAGCAAAACUUUAUUAAAACAGUUGAAAAUUAUAAAAAUAUUGAUUUUUGUCCAAAUCAAAUAAAAUAAGUCUCUAUUUGUAGAACACAACAAAUUGUAAAUUUUGAUAUAAAUUAAUUUGAAAAAUAAAUAAAUUUACUAUAACAUAAAUGAUAUAAAAAUAAUUGGGUGAAAUAAAAUCUUCAAUAAUUUAAUAACCAAUCAUCAAACAACAUAUAUCUCUAUGGGUCUCAUUUUUUUGUGUUUCGACUAGUUGGAAAAAUUCAACUACAAACAAUCCACUUAAUGUAGAGUUUCAUUGAAAGCAUUCAACAGUUGAAAAACAAAUUCAAUACCUCCAAUGUAUAUGGUUUUAGAACAUAUUCAUUAUCACUCUGCAAUUUAUCUCAAAAAUAGAGUAAAUUAUAAAGCGUAAAUGAAGAUGUUCUUAGUAUCUCGAAAGGUAUCAUUUAAGAAUGUAAUUUGUUUUUGAGAAAAGGCCUCAUUUAAGAAUGUUAGGCCGUGUUAAUCUGGAACUUUUUAGUAGCUAAAGUAAAUCUCGUGGCAUAUGGUAGAAAUCGUGUGUUGAAAUGCUAUCUUGCUUAACAAUAUUUAAUAUGUUAUGUCAACAUAUGUUCGAUCUUUUACCCAAAAACAUAUGUUCGAUUAUGCAUUACUUGCAUGAUUGAUGUACCGUUUGGUAAGCAAUAAUGUUUUUUUUUCGACGACUCAACGUUGCUUGUAAUCAAGGGUUAUCCAAGACGGGCCUUAAUGGCAACAUCCUCAACAGUUUUUAAAUGGAGAUAAUUUAUCAAUCAUUAAAAAUAAAUCAUUUGACUAACUAUUAUUAAACCAUAAUACAACUCCGGUUAACAUACAAAAAACUGUUGAAAAUGUAAUAGGCUACAAGAAAAUAACAUAUCUAUCUUUAUUUUUUAGGUCUAAAUUUCUCUUAAAUUUAUCACAAGAGAAUUCUAAUUUUUAUAUAAUAGUUUUAAAAGUUUUUCGGGGCUUUUUUGUAUAGUUGAAAAAGUGAUUGAUUAUGAAUUUAAGUGAAGUAAUUCGAGGAAACUUCCAACUCAAUGAUUUAAACUGAGCCUAAUAAUUUUUUUAACAGGUUCUUUGGCGCGACAUUGUUCAAUACAAUGACAACAAUUCCUUUCCGUGUCCGUAUGAUUAUAAUCUUUAAUCAUAGUUGUAUUUUCCCCUAUAAUUGAGUUUAAUAACGUACUUAAUUAAUACUGUUACUAUUGUUGUUAAUCUCUCCGCCACAUAUUAAGACAAUAUAUAUAUACGCUGCUUACUCAUUAAUGUUCUGUAAUAGAAUCGACAAGCCUCUCUCUUCUCUCUCUCUUCCUCAAUAUUCAAACUAUGGAGAUGAACGGCGAUCAACCGCCGCUGAUCUGGCCACAGUUCGAAUCUACUGGAUACACUCGCCGACGAUCUCAAAUUCCGACGAUUAUAGUUCCAGCGAUGAUCGGAGUGAUUUCAGCAGCUAUGUUUCUUCUGUUUACGACCUUUGUCGUCCCUCCGUUCCUCUCGGUCACAUCUCAGAUUCUUCAGCCAGCUACGGUGAAGAGAGGAUGGGACUCGAUCAACGUGGUUUUAGUAGUUUUCGCGAUUCUCUGCGGCGUGCUCGCCAGACGAAACGACGACGGAUCUUCUCCGUCUUCACUCGGCCAAGAAGAAGUAGAAACCGUCACGAGCGGCGAAGUGAUCGCCGGUGAAGAGACUACAAUCUCUUCCUCGCCGGCGGUUUCGCACGAGUGGUUUGAUGACGUGUAUGACGCUGAUAGGCUAAAGAUCUACGAGAGCUUUAGUACCCGGAGUUUCUCGCAUAGUUUACCGGUUACCGGAACCGUACCGUUGAGGCGUAGCAGCACGUCGUAUCCUGACCUGAGAAACGGAGUUCUCAGAAGAAGUGAUGACCGACCGUUCCGGUUCUACGAUGAUUUCGAAAUCGACAAGUACCGAUCGCAAUCAACGGUGGUGAUUGAAAAACAACCUCAGAGUCGCUUAAAAACUGAAAUCGAAGAAUCUGAACCUAAGGAGAUUCAUGUUGAUAAGUUCGUGGUAAGACCGUCUUCUCCGCCGCAACAACUACCGGAACCACCACCUAAUCCUCCACCUCCGGUUGAAGUUGUACAGAAACCGAGAAGGACUCAUCGUUCCGUUAGAAACAGAGAUACGCACGAAAAGCCAAGACGCAGUGACACUACUUCUGAUUCAAGAUUUAAACGAACGUUACGGCCUCCGCCGUCACCACCUCCGCCUCCACCUCCUCCCCCGCCUCCGCUUGUAACCGCCACGCCACCGAGGACUCUUCAGCGGAGAAAAAGCAAUGCGGCGAAAGAGAUUAAAAUGGUGUUUGCUUCACUGUAUAACCAAGGAAAGAGGAAGAAGAAGCUUCAGAAACAUAAGAGAAAAGAAGGAACUGAAUCUCCGGCGGUGGUGGAGACGGAACCACCGCAAUACCGAUCGUCAAUUCCACCACCGUCUCCGCCGCCACCUCCACCACCUCCUCCUCCUCCGCCACGAUCGUCACAGUCAGUGUUUUACGGAUUGUUCAAGAAGGGAGCUAAGAGCAAAAAGAUUCACUCCAUCCCGGCGCCGCCGCCACCUCCGCCGCCGAGGAUGACAAAGUUGGCUCCUCAGACACCACCGCGGAGAGUGAAAUCCGGUAGACCUCCACGUCCGACGAAACCGACGAGUUUCAACGAAGAGAGCUACCAAGGAUCUCCGUUAAUCCAAACCACCCCACCUCCACCUCCGCCGCCUCCGUUCCGCGUUCCGCCGCUAAAAUUUGUGGUGAGUGGUGACUUCGCGAAGAUACGGAGCAAUCAGAGCUCAAGAUGUAGCUCCCCUGAACGAGAAGUGAUUGAUGUUGGCUGGGGUCUAGAACUCACACAAUCUGAGGGCGGAGAGGGAAACAACGCCGCCGUAAAUAGUGGUGGUGCCGCCGGGACGGGGUUCUGUCCAAGCCCGGACGUUAACACGAAAGCCGACAACUUCAUCGCCAGGCUAAGAGAUGAGUGGAGGCUUGAUAAGAUGAACUCUGUCAAGGGGAAAAGGAACAUGGGCUGUGUGUAAGGACCAUAAUGAAACGACGUAGUUUUCUCUUCUUCAGAGUUUGCCUGCCCUGCAAGCAACGCACAAGUACACGAUCAUACAACAAAACAUCUUCAAGCAAAGUAAAUGGUUAAAGAGAUAUGGUCGGAGAUUGGUUCAUAUGGUAGAGACAAUCAUCACUCGGGUAAUGUUGGUAUUUACCGGUAAAGUAUAUAGCCUAGAACCGGGUGGUUUUUUGAGUUUAACCGAUGGUGGGCCUUUUGUUUUGGUGUGUUUGAUUUUAAAUGUCGGUUUGGAGUUUCCGAUACAAAGUUAGAGAAAACUUGGUGGUGUUAGAAAUGUUGGUAGUUGUUAUGAUGAUGUAUGUAAUGUAUGUCCCAGUGAUUUGGAAAUAUAGUUGUGGGCCCUUAAUAUUUUUGGGCCUGCCUCUUGUGACA